CUCCCCUUCCUCGCCGAUCCCGGGCGUAGGCGCAACCCCCGGCGAUCCGGAGCUCUCCGCCGCUUCUCGACCCCAUGGAAGACUUGGAGCUCCUCGGCGCUGGGCAGCAGCCAGCGGUCCCCGCCGAUAACGGGGCGCUGGACGGCGGCGAGGAGGAUCCCGCCGCCGCUUUCCUGGCGCAGCAGGAGAACGAGAUCGCAGGCAUCGAGAACGACGAGGGCUACAGCAUCCUCGAUAGCGGCGAGGUGCCGGCGGCACUGCAGGUCCAGGAGGGACCCGACUCGGGUGCUGUUGAUGGAGUGGUUAAUGGAGAUGCUUAUCAGGAGAGUAAUGGUCCAACAGAUUCGUAUUCUGCCAUAUCCCAAGUUGAUCGACUUCAGUCAGAACCAGAAAGUAUUCGGAAGUGGAGAGAGGAGCAAAAGGAGCGCCUGGAGCAACUGGAUGCAAACUCACGGAAGCAGGAAGCAGAAUGGAAAGAGAAAGCAAUAAAAGAGCUGGAGGAGUGGUAUGCCAGGCAAGAUGAAAAUCUCCAGAAAACAAAAGCAAGCAACAGGGUGGCAGAUGAAGCUUUCUACAAACAACCCUUCGCUGACGUGAUUGGUUAUGUCACAAACAUAAAUCAUCCUUGCUACAGCCUAGAACAGGCAGCUGAAGAAGCCUUUGUGAAUGAUGCAGAAGAUGUUUUCCCGGGCACUGAGUGGGAACGUGUGGCUCAACUUUGUGACUUUAAUCCCAAGUCUAGUAAGCAGGCAAAAGACGUGUCCCGCAUGCGUUCAGUCCUCAUCUCACUCAAGCAGGCUCCACUGGUUCGCUGAAGGAAAGUGCAAUGGAAAACACUAUGGAUGCAAUAUCUUAACCUGACUCGGAGAAGCUAUGUCUGCUGUAACUGGAUUAAUUGUUUCAGUGGUUUUUUGGACCAAACCUUGUGAUGUGUACCUAGAGCUGAUACUUGUUUGAUUGCAUGUUCUUCCUCAUGUUUUCUUUCUGUGUCUGAAAUGGGAGGACCUCUAAAACUGUAAUCUCUGUGCUACUGUGCACUGAGAUGUCACUUCCCACAUUACUGAUAUUAAAGAUCUGUUAAACUGCAAAA